GCUUUCUCAGCGAGCCCUAGACAGACAGAACGCACAACAGAAGCAAAGAGUGAACGGAGAUGUGACCACAAUGUGCGCUCAUAAUUAACGCUGAAAAUGGGAUAAUGGAGCGAAAGUGACAGCAAAUCAUAUCCGUGUCUGAGCGUACACCAUAAUUAAGUUAUCGUAAUUUUGCCUGGAAAGUGUUUGGUUUUACUUUUUUUCUACUUCGUAGGUAAUUUCCAUUCUGUCUAAUACUGGCAAGCUACAAAAGAGGUGGCUGGAGGAUCUGAGCAAAUGAUGGAAACGGGAUGUCGCACUACCAGUGGACACGGGACAGCACUGGAGUAUGAAGCAAAUGCUUAAAAGGAAUGAAGGAAUAUUCAGUUGCUGUCGAUACGCGUCGCUUUCUACGCGUCCUUUCAUGAACAUGCACAGGAGUUGGUUUUUUUAAGACCGCUCUCGGUCCGGACAGAUGCUGUCAUUGUGUUGGGGUCCGAGAUUUUUUCACCGUAAAUGCUGCCAGUGGUGUUGUUGGAAUGAUGCGAGCGGGAAUAAGAAUGUGCACGGGUUUAUUGUCAUCAGUUCCCAAUAAUUUCGUUGAGGGCCAAGAGAAAGCUCUUGCUUGUGUUGACAAAACAAAACGUUGUGGUGACAAAAUCAGGAAGGAGUCAUCAAGACACCUGAGGACAAUCUCAGAAAAUCCUUGAGGGAAGGUGGCGUUGAUAUGCUAUUGUCUCAUACUGCAGAUGGGCACUUUGCUGGUUUGUAGUCCUCAUUUUGUGUGAAAGAAAUUAACGUCAGGAGUGGAAGAAGAGUACCUUCUAAGAGUGUGUAUUUUUUCUUGGUACUGUGGCAAAAAUAGUUCCUUUUAACCAUGGUGGAGCCAGUGGGUUUCAUUGAAGCUUGGAAAGCACAGUUCCCAGAGUCGGAACCUCCUAAGAUGGAGCUGAGGUCGGUGGGGGGCAUUGAGCAGGAACUAGAGAAGUGCAAAGCCUCCAUCAGACGUCUGGAGAUGGAGGUAAACAAAGAGCGUUUCCGCAUGAUCUACCUGCAGACACUAUUGGCCAAGGAGCGCAAGAGCUACGACCGCCAGCGUUGGGGCUUCCGGAAGGCCUCUCUGAUGAACGAGAUGGUGGGCGAGCAGCCUCCUCCCGGGGUCGUGGUCGGGGCUGGUGACCCCCAGCAGCAGCCUCCCCAGCUCCAUGCGCAGGAGCAGGGCGAGCGCAGCCGCUUCCAACCGGUGGGGGAGACCCGGUCCAAGCCCAGGCCCCCGCCCGCCAGGAAGUCGGCCUCCCACGGCGACGGCCUGGAGCUCCAGUCGGCGUUCGAGCCGGUGCAGCCGAUGGCAGGAGGCAGUGAGACGGAUGGCCUCUCGCCCUCCAAACAGCGGGGUGGAGUGUCUCCGCGAAGGCCGCACCCGCACCCACCGCCGGAGAAGGACCUGCCCAUGGACCCCUCUAACAAGGACAAGACGGGCAUGGGCCUGGGCGUAGCUGCCCUGCGCUCCAACUUCGAGCGGAUCAAGCGGGCCAACUCGCACUCGUCCGCCGACGGCAAGAGCGGCCAGGAGAAGCAGCCGUUCUACGCCAACAUGGAGUUCCACCACGAGCGUGGACUGGUGCGGGUCAACGACCGCGAGGUGUCCGAGAAGAUCGGCAGCCUGGGCACGCAGGCCAUGCAGAUGGAGCGCAAGCGGUCCCUGCACUCGCUGCCGGGGAACCUCGCCACGGUGGCCGGAGAUCUGCGCCCCAAGCCAGUCUACAGGGGGCGCUCCACCGAAAGCACCUGUGGCUACGACGCCGAGUACGAAGACGGAGAGCCCAGUCCUAGAUACCGGGCCAACGGGGGCAAGCAGCAACAACCACAGCCACCGCCGUGGCAACCGUCGGACUAUCCACCUUACACCAGCGUGUACGUGGGUGGGAUGGUCGCUGGCGAGGGAGUGGUCAUGAGGGAACAUGGAGGAGGCGGGGAUGACCACCAGCUCACCUGGCCCCGCCGGUCGUACUCGCCGGGGAGUUUCGACGAUGCCGGGGGCGGCGGCGGGGGCUACACACCGGACUGCAGCUCCAACGAGAACCUGACGUCCAGCGAGGAGGACUUCUCCUCGGGCCAGUCCAGCCACGUGUCGCCCAGCCCCACGGCGGCGUACCGGCGGCCCUUCCGCGACAAGAGCCGCUCGCCCUCACAGAACUCCCAGAAUUCCCAGCACUCAUUCGACAGCAGCAGCCCGCCCACCCCCCAGUCUCAGAAACGCCACCGCCAGCAGCAGGGCCACGUGGUCAUGUCCGAGGCCACCAUUGUCGCCGUCCGCAAAACUGGACAGAUCUGGCCACCCCAUGAUGGAGACUCCACCCCAUCGAGCAGGGCCUCCCAUGACAACAGUUUCCAUGGUGACAUGGAUGGGCCGUUCACGGGGACCCCGCCCACCUACGGCUACGACGCGGACCGCGCGGAGGAGCAGCGGCGACACCACGACAUGAUGCCGUACAUCGACGACUCGCCCUCGUCCUCGCCCCACCUGAGCUCCAAGAGCCGCAGCAGCCGAGAUACGCUCUCCUCGGGCUCGCUGGAGUCCGCCAAGUCGACGGAGCUGGAUCUGGAGAAGGGCCUGGAGAUGAGAAAGUGGGUCCUGUCGGGCAUCCUGGCCAGUGAAGAGACCUACCUGAGCCACCUGGAGGCGCUGUUGCUGCCUAUGAAGCCUCUGAAGGCUGCUGCCACCACCUCCCAGCCAGUCCUCACCAUCCCCCAGAUUGAGACCAUCUUCUUCAAAGUGCCUGAGCUCUACGAGGUCCACAAGGAGUUCUACGAUGGCCUUCUACCCAGAGUGCAACAGUGGAGCCACCACCAACGUGUGGGCGACCUCUUCCAGAAGCAAGCUAGCCAGCUCGGCGUUUACAGGGCCUUCAUUGAUAACUACGAGGUUGCUGUGGAGACGGCUGAGAAGUGUUGUCAGGCCAACACGCAGUUCGCGGAGAUCUCCGAGAACUUGAAGGUUAGAGGUUCCAAAGAGUGCAAAGACCAGACCACAAAGUACUCUCUGGAAACUCUUCUAUACAAGCCAGUGGACCGAGUGACCAGGAGCACCUUGGUGUUGCAUGACCUUUUGAAACACACACCGUCUAGCCACCCAGACCACCCCCUGCUACAGGAUGCUCUCCGAAUCUCCCAGAACUUCCUGUCCAGCAUCAACGAGAAGACCACCCCUCGACGGCAGUCCAUGACCGUGAAGAAGGGAGAGAGCCGGCAGCUGCUGAAGGACAGCUUCAUGGUGGAGCUGGUGGAGGGGCAGCGGAAACUCCGUCACGUCUUCCUCUUCACUGACCUGCUGCUCUGUGCCAAGCUGAAGAAGCAGAUCGGAGGGAAGAGUCAGCAGUAUGACUCCAAGUGGUACAUCCCGCUGUCUGACCUGACCUUCCAGGCGUCAGACGAGGCCGAGCCACUGCCCAUCCCCCAGGUGCCGGACGAGGAGCUGGAGGCCAUGAAGAUGAAGAUCUCCUCGUUGAAGAGCGAGAUCCAGAGGGAGAAGCAGAGAGGAAACAAAAGCUCCAAGGUGAUGGAGCGUCUGCGGAAGAAACUGUCUGAACAGGAGUCUCUGCUGCUGCUCACCUCCCCUAACAUGCCCCUGCGGCUGCACAACAGGAGUGGCAAGGGCUACAUGUUCCUGAUAUCCUCUGACUAUGAGCGGGUGGAGUGGAAAGAGAUGAUCCGGGACCAGCAGAAGAAAUGCUUCAAGAGCGUGUCUCUGACCUCCAUGGAGUUGCAGAUGCUGACCAACUCCUGUGUGAAGCUGCAGACUGUCCACCACAUCCCCCUCACCGUCAACAAAGAAGAGGAUGAGUGCACCGGGUUGUACGGAUUCCUGAAUGUAAUCGUCCACUCUGCCUCCGGCCUCAAACAGAGCCUAAAUCUCUACUGCACACUGGAGGUGGACUCCUUCGGGUACUUUGUGAACAAGGCCAAGACAAGAGUGUACCGCUACACCACAGAGCCUAAAUGGAAUGAGGAGUUUGAGAUUGAGCUGGAGGGCUCGCAGACCCUGAGGCUGCUGUGCUAUGAGAAGAGCUACAACAAGACCAAACUGAACAAGGAGGAUGGCGACAGCACUGACCACAUCAUGGGCAAAGGCCAGAUCCCAUUGGACCCUCAGACCCUCCAGGGCAAAGACUGGCAGAGGACCGUCAUUCCUAUGAAUGGGAUUGAGGUGAAGCUGUCCAUGAAGUUCACCAGCCGUGAGUUCAGCCUGAAGAGGAUGCCUUCAUGCAGGGAGCUGGGCGUGUUCGGUGUCAAGAUCUCCGCAGUGACCAAGCGUGAGCGAUCCAAGGUGCCCUACAUUGUGCGUCAGUGCUUAGAAGAGAUUGAAAGGCGGGGCAUGGAGGAAGUGGGCAUCUAUCGCGUCUCUGGAGUGGCCACAGAUAUCCAGGCCCUGAAAACAGCCUUUGACACAAAUAAUAAAGAUGUGUCGGUUAUGAUGAGUGAGAUGGAUGUCAACGCCAUCGCUGGCACACUGAAGCUGUAUUUCCGGGAGCUUCCGGAGCCCCUUUUCACUGAUGAGCUGUACCCCAACUUCGCUGGUGGCAUCACCCUGUCUGAUAGCGUUGCCAAGGAGAGCUGCAUGCUGAACCUGCUGCUCUCUCUGCCGGAGCCCAACCUGGUCACCUUCCUGUUCCUGCUGGAUCAUUUGAAGAGGAUUGCGGAGAAGGAGUGCAUCAAUAAGAUGUCCCUGCAUAACCUGGCCACUGUCUUUGGCCCCACCCUGUUACGGCCAUCCGAGAAGGACAGCAAGAUCCCCACCAACCCCACCCAGCCCAUCACAAUGGGAGACAGCUGGUCACUAGAGGUCAUGUCGCAGGUCCAGGUUCUGCUCUACUUCCUCCAGCUUGAGACCAUCCCCACCCCAGACAGCAAACGACAGAGCAUCCUCUUCUCCACAGAGGUGUAGGGCGAGUGCCACCAACCUCUCCGAACAGUAACUGCUAGAUCAGGACACAAGGCUGGAACACUUGCUGUGUGGCCGCUGGUGUAUAAGUAACAAAAGGCACAAACAGUCUUCUCUCCUGCUUAUUUUGGAAGGCGCCAGAAACUUGUCAACUCGGACUGUAAGCUCCAGCCACGGCCACCAGAUGGCGCCAGUUACCUCUGCACAGACCUGAAGAGGGCAGCGCUAUCUCUCCUCCUCCUCCUCUUUACCCCUCACCAUGUUCAUACGCACCAAUCUCCCCCCUUGUGACAAACACACCGCCACCGUCCGUGUGUCUGCGCGACUCUUCACACCACAUACUACAGACUAUGGGUCUCCAACAUCCAAUCGCGCUCCAGGCUGCUUUGGUCAGUUUAUGUCCGCUGUACAGGAUGCCAGCGCCUCCGUCGUGUGUCUAGAGUAGGCUACUCUCUCACUGGCUCUCGAGCCUUGCUGAGCAGCUCGUCGUGGUGGGUAGUUUGUUGCGUUUUAGUCCUGUGUCCCUUGUUUGGCUUUUCUUUUCUGGUGUCCGUGUGAUAUUUCUGAACUUACUGUAAAAGAUAACUGGCCGAAAAAGCACUGCUCCUUUGCCUCCAGCAUUGUAGUUCAGUACUGUACAGUGAAAUGUCACAAGUACUGUUGAUUAUAUUUUGCCAAAGGGAGAAAUCUGAGGGUUUCUUUUUUUCAUUGAUUUGUGAUUCCGAGGGUUUAUACUAAUGAAGAAUUCAGGCGCUGAAGAAAUUAUGGUUAUAUGUAUGAUGUGAGUAACUAUGACAUCCCAUCCACUUCACCCAUGGACACUAAUUUGUAGAAGUCUAUCAGAUUCGUUAUCUUUUUUUUUUGGACAAUCAUCUUUAAUGUAAUAGUGGAGUCCGUCCCCCACCCAAUCUUAUGAAAAAAUCCUGCACCAUUUUGCCAUUGAGUUAAUGCAGUGCGUUCUUUUGCCAGUUGCUUUUCAUUUGACACAACGAGGAGUUGACACCACCAUGAAGAGCUGCCACGCACAUAAGACCUCAAAAGGAUGACAAGGGAGUGACGAGCACUUGGGAAGCUGCUCCCCUUAGGAGCGCAUGCCUGAGUCAUCCGAUGCAGUUUGUUUGUUGAGCUCAGCCCUGGACUUACACAACAUUGUGAAUGGGCUGUGCAGACCAGUGACAGACACUAAUGGGAAACGGGAGAAAUGUGUGUGUGUGUGGGUGUGUGUAUCUGUGUGUGUUUGUGUGCAUGUUUUGGUUUGUGUAGUAGGGGUGCUGAACUCAGUAUAACUGGAGGACGAACAUUGUACUCUCUCAUUGCUGAGUGUCUGCAUAGCAUUGAUCACAUUUCCAUUUUUGUCAGUAAAUCUAAAGCAGUGUCUUUUGCUCUGUCAUUUAGUUUUUUUUGUCUUGCAGGACACAACAUCCCCACAGAGACAUGCCUGAACGUAUAGGAAUUGUUCCACUUUGUGUUAAGCCCCUUUCUUAGGAGGCUUAUGAAUCAAUGUUCAACACCAUUGUUGGAUUUCUGUGAUGGUCCUGCCAAAAUGUUUUGUAUUUUUAUUUUAGAAAGAAGAAAAAUGUCAGAAUUGUGUCUGUACAUAAGCAUAAAAGUUUUGCUCUUUUUCUUUAUUUUUAUUGUGUUAUCUCAUUGAUAAUUUAUUAUUUGGGAUUUAUUUGAGAUUGUAAUGAAGGAAAUGAUGAAUAAGCCUAAUUCAUCUGAAGGAACCAAGUGAGCUGAAAAAAAAAACAGGACCAAUCUCUUUCUUGUUACAUGUUCACCGUGAAGUUUCAACUGGUUGGAGCGAAACGCUCUUUCUCCUCACCUUUGGAAGGAUUGCUAUUAAGGGGAAAAAAACCUUCACCUUUCCCCUAUAAGCGGCCUACUCUGUUCAGAGUGUUGUGUACUCUUGGCAGUCACUAUAGCUCCACACCGAUGCAUUUUGACAGAAGAGAGAUUGUGCACUUACUCCAGGCAAGGUGGCGCGAGGACCAGCAAGUCCCUGCUAUCCCAAUUAUUGGCACUUGUGUGUGUCUGCACAGUAGAUGUCCUCCUGUCUGUGGAUGAGGGGAAACGCAGAGGCCUGGUUGUGUAAAACUUGUAUGUCUUGCUCUGUGUUACUUCAAUAAUACAAUACAGCAGUGCCUCUGUCAUUGUGUAAGACGUUUUAAGUGUUUUAAGUAAUGCUGUAUAUUAGACAAUACUCUUUUUGUCAAUGAUAUGAGGUGUCCUUUUUAGACAGACAGAGAGAGAGAGAAGUUGGAGAAGAAAACUGGAUGCUUUGUUGAGUUAUUUUUUUCUUUUGGAGGACAGUAGUAUACAAUCUUCGGCCCUGUUAACCUCUCACAGUCUCCUUACUGUGCCAAUACAGUGUCACGCUGCUCAAUCCUCUCCUGACAAAUAAACUCAGUUAUAAUAAGUUAAUGUUCCCUCGCUUGUCCUACACUGUUUGUAAAAUUGGAUUGGACACAUGACUGUGUCAGAACUCCUGAUUGGACAGGUUUGUGAGGAGAUGCUGUCAUUGGUUACUGGACAUCAGAAGGAACUGCCUGGAAUAGUGUGAUAUAAGGAAACAAGAGAGGCUUUAGUGAUUUGGUUUAACAUGCAGGCAUGUUUAUUAAAGAAGCUUUUCUUUCUCUCUUCUGAUCUGUGUUUUCUUAAACGUGUUGUCCUUCUGUAUGAUGUUCUAAUGACAGAAUACACCUACUGUAUAUACGCUACUGUAGGGUGAUUUACAAACAAACCUGGAAAUCAUUUGAGGUAACAUCUGCAACAAUAAGAUGGAAAAGGAAAGAAAUAAUCCUUUUUUUGGUUUGCAUACUGUUCUGACAGCUGUUAAGAUGAAAGAAAUACUGAAAGAUAUCUUCAUGCUUCAUAUCAUACUUAAAAUGUCACUUUUUUGUUUAGCAGUGAAACCAACUGUAUACUGUUGGAGUGCAUUCCAAAAUAUACAUUUUGAA